AUGUUAAAUGAUUAUUAUUAUGAACCUACAACUCUACCAACAGAUAUAGAUAUAUCUUUUACUGAUAUUGGUGAGUAUGUAACUUCAAUUGUACCUGCUUAUACUGAACAACAAUUAAAAGAGCUUUUUCGACGUCAAAUUGAAUACUAUUUUAGUUCAGAAAAUCUUCAAUUAGAUAUAUUUCUUCGACAACAAAUGACUAAAGAUAGUUAUGUACCACUUUCAUUAAUUGCUAAUACAGUUCAAGAUAGUCUUGUUGUUGAACUUAAUGAUAAAUGUAUGGUACAUUGUCGAAAUGGACCUGAUCGUUGGCCAUUGAUGAUUGAUGUAAACAAUCAUUUAACAGCAUUAAAUCCUGAUGUUCCAGAUUUUCAACUCGGGAAAAUUUGGAAGAAUGAAAAUCAAAAAAAAGAAGAAACAAAAACUAAUAUUGAUUGGAAUCAUAAAUCAACAAGACGUAAAAAGCCAACAAAGAAAAAGGAAAAAAAAGAACAAUCUCAGAAUUUUUAUUUUAGUAAAACUGAUCAAUCGGAUUUUGAAUUAGAUGAUGAUGAUAAUGAUAUUGAUAAAAUUCUUAUUAUAACACCAACAUCACCAUCAAAUUGUAAACAUAAUCAACAAAAUCAUGAUCGUACAGGUGAUUAUACACCAAGAGCUAAAGUAUCAGCUGAAGUAGCAAAAAUUAUUGAUAAUGGUUUAAGAUGA